AAUGUUGGAGGGAUUAAAAGAGAGUAUUGUACAUAUUUUUAGACAAGAUUAAAAAAGGAAAGGGGGGAGUGGGGGACUUGUGUUUUUAUACGAGGGAGGCUUUAGAAAUCUUUUCGGUGACAAGAAAAAGCUUUUGUUCGCUCUCACGCUCUCCCGUUGCCGUUCGUCUUCCUGAAUGCCUCACCAGUGUUCAGGGUACCCUCCUUUUUUUCCCUCCAUUUCUUACCUCCCUCGUUCAUAAAUUUUUAUAUAAAAUUUUCUCUAUGAAUUUUGAUGACUUCUUGAUCAUUUGAUUGUUUUGUGUUGGGUUGAACAACUUUGUUGUUGUGAUCUCAUUCGGGUUAGUACCAUAGAUACACUUCACUUGAUAUAAAAAGGUCGAGGGUUCGUCCUUAGCGGGUCUGCUUUUAACAUUGAGAGACAAUAAGCAAAUUGGGGUAACUUUUUUUGAAAGACAAGCGAUAAGAGGUCAACUGGGGCAAUCAUUCAAGCGGAAGAGCGAGGGAAUCAUAAGAUGGUGGUCGGAGAUUAGCAGCAACACUCUGGCUGUUGACAUAAUUCAUCUUUUGUCUGCCAACGAUAUGUAAAGGCUAAUCUCCCACAAAAGACUCACCCUUUGAGAACAUUACCUAGAGAAAACAACAUAGUAAAACACCACCCUGCUCUCUUAUCAUGCGCUAAAAGGCUGUCGUUCUCAAUCCUGUAUGAAAAUUUACAAGAUGGCUGUAGCUAUUAAUCAACAACAUCAUGAACUCAAGUCAUUUGUCCGACCCCCAAAAUGCAGACUCCAAUCUUACUCAAACUUCGAUCAACUUAUGCUUGAUUUUGCCCAAAGCAACCUCUCUUACUCCUAUAAACAUGCCUUUGAAAUCAAUAAUCUCCACAGGAGUUCAUCAACUCCAUGCCUAUCCCGUGCACAGGAAGAUUCUGAUGCAAAUCCAAGGGUAGAAAUUGUCGGUGGCCAUGGAUCCCCAAAGGUUAGGGCUCUUGUGGUCGAGGUAGCCAUAGCUAUGGCAUCUGGCUUUAACAUUGAGCCAGUCUCAAGUGGUCUAGGGGGUGCCUAUUUUGUGCAUGCUAGAAAUGGGGUUACCAUUGCUGUGGUAAAGCCAAUUGAUGAAGAACCUCUAGCCUUCAACAACCCAAAAGGCUUUGCUGGUCGGAUGCUAGGCCAACCGGGAAUGAAACCCUCCAUCAGGGUUGGUGAGACUGGCAUUCGUGAAUUAGCAGCUUAUCUUCUUGACCAUGAUGGUUUUGCAGGUGUCCCUCCAACAGCAUUAGUGAAGAUAGCUCAUGUCAAGUUCCAUGUUAAUAAUUCUGAGUCCGCGGUAGCAGCUCCACCUUGUAAGAUUGCUUCGCUUCAGCGCUUUGUUGCUCAUGAUUCAGAUGCUGGGGACUUGGGGCCUUCUGGCUUUUCAGUAUCUUCAGUCCAUCGAAUUGGGAUACUUGAUGUCAGGAUUCUAAAUCUUGACAGGCAUUCAGGAAACUUGCUUGUCAAGCAUGGUCAAGAAGGCUACGCUGUUGGGGCAGCUGAGCUGAUACCCAUCGAUCAUGGGUUGUGCUUACCUGAGGCUCUAGAUGAUCCAUAUUUUGAAUGGCUGCACUGGCCACAAGCUUCAAUACCAUUUUCAGAGUCUGAAAUUGAGUAUAUAUCUAAUCUUGAUCCCUUAAAAGAUGCAGAAAUUUUAAGGACAAGAAUCCCUUCCAUAAGAGAAUCCUCUCUACGUGUUCUUGUGAUCUGCACCAUUUUCAUGAAGCGUGCUACUGCGGCUGGUUUUUGUCUUGCUGAAGUAGGUGAGAUGAUGACUCGUGAACUACGAGGAGGUAAAGAUAGUAUGAGUGUAUUAGAGAAUCUUUGUCUAACUGCAAAAGCUUGCUUAGGUACUGCUAAAGGUAGUGAUGACUUUGAUAAUGGUAAAAAAGAUGUUGACAGUGAAUGUGAUGAUGAUCCAAAUCAAGUUAGCUAUAUUCCUCAGCUGUUGGAAACCACGACCCGAAUAGGUAAGCCACCAAGAAUUCCACGACGUGCAUCUGAAAGGCUGAUAAGUAAAUUCCACAACUUGAUGCUCCCUAUACAAGAUAAAGAGUGUCAAGGAAAAAGAGCCGAAGUCCAUAAUUAUUCUUUAUCUGGCAAUGCUGAUCGCAAUAAUGGCCGCGACAUUGAUCAAAAUGCAGGAGGGAUAUUGAGGAGUAUGAGCUUCUCAGCUGAAAGCCAGAACCAUGAUAUCGAAGGGAUAUCCUUCGGUGAAAUGAAGAAGAAGGAGUGGGAAAGUUUCUUGGAGAAGUUUGAGGAACUUGUGCCUGAAACUUUUGAGCAUAGAAAAAACUUGGGAAUGUCAAAGCAAAGGUUGGGAAGUUCUUGCGAAUUCUAAGAAAACAUUACAAUUGGGAUGGCUAGUUGAAAAACCAAAAAGAAAAGCAGCAAUGUGUUUAGUAUCAAGUAAAAUUGUACAUUAUUCCUAUAUUAUAUACUCUGCAGCAUAGGAUGUCUAUUAGUAUUUGGGAGAGCAUUGCUAGAAAAGUGAUUGGCUACUCAGCCAUCCUUUCCAAUCAUCUCACUUGUAUCAUCAAAUUCCUCUCUUCCCCCUUCUCUAUGUAUAUCAAAGUUGUAUACAGAGUUCAAUAUAUUAAUAUAGAUUUUGAUCAAGAUUUUCUUAC